ACGGUCACACCAGCCCAUGCCAUUGAUAAAUUGGUCAUAUUUUGGAACGAAUUUAGUUAACAUUAAAUUUAACGAAAAACCCCUAUACUAAGAUGCGCACAGUGCUGUUGAGCAAACACGAUGAGCUGUACCUGGAGAAAUGCGCACAGGAGAACCAGUUCUCAUAUGGAAUAAUUGUGGGCCAUCAAGCGGACCUCACCAAGAGCGUGGUGGUCCAUCUGGCCAGGAACAACGAGGAGGAUGCCGACCUGGAGGACCUUGCGGACGUCCGACUGACCAUAUCGGACAUCAACUCACAGGCGUUGGCUUCCCAGUGGCUGAGCGCCAGCAAAAUGUGUCCCGGAUCCUUUGACGUCAUCGGUAUUUUUGUGUCUUCAGUUAGAUCUGAAGUGGUCAAUGAGCAGAGUCCCGAAUUUAAGAAUGCCAAAAAGCUGUUUUCAGACAUCUACGACUUGCUCUUGAAAAGCAACAGCUCCUUUGGCGUCUACACCACCGAUAUUGCACAGACUGAUUUCGUAUUUCUUUCGUAUUCGCUGGCCGACAAGAAAGUGCUUUGCAAAAACUACAGCUAUGGAAAACAUUGCAAAAAAACGUAUUUUACGGCAAACAUAAAAUGCAUCAUAUGCGGCGGCACUUUCUCCAACAUGGAGUACAGGUUCGUGGACAAGCCCUUCGAGUGGAUUCAACUGGAGUGCAGCUACGACCUGGAUGACGUGCUACCCAUAUUGGAUUCAACACGUCGCGUCAACAUCGAAGAUCAAUUCCAGCAUAUUAUAGUGUCGGUGCGCAAGAACCUGCUGGCCAGUGAGGUGUUUCUGCAGAACGAAGUAGUCGAGGAUACCAUCGAUCUCCAGGCCUAUAUUAAAAAGAAAAAGGCCAAAGUGGACAAGCUGAAGCCCACAUCUGCGAGUGGAGGUACUGCCACAGCUGCCAGCAACACCACGGACUCCCUGCCCCAGCUUGCGGCGGAGGGAAUCAUCGGAAGUGGUGACCCCAUCCGAGCGAGCAUAGUGCUGCCGGUGAAGUGCCAGCUGAGCAAACCGACGGACAUCAAGGUGCGCGAGUUUAAUGGAACUCUGCACAUGAGCGGCAUAAUUGCCACAAAGGUCUUCUGCAGUCCACGGAACAGUAUAGCAGAUGUGAAGCGCUUUCUGCGCGAUGAUGUGCUGCGUUCCCUGAUCACACGUAUUCAAGUCUACUGCGAUGGACUCACCGAUCCCUAUGUGACCAAUGAAGCAUUGUACAUCAGUGAGCCACCGAGGAGGGUGUUCUUCAGCCUGCCUUCGGAGGGACCUAGCACAUCGAUUGGCGCAGUGGUUCAGUUCUCCGAAUACCUAUUCCGUGGCGAAGCUCCCACUGUUGUGGUGGCCCAGGCCAAACAGAUCCUGGACGUGGAACUGGACCCAGAGACCAUUUCCGUAGAGGCCGAAGGACUGCCCGAUGACGCAAACUUCACAAACGCAAAUGCAGGCGCCGAUCGCACAGACGAUUCCAGAAUUUUGUCCAGCUCGAUGCCAAAACCAGAACUUUCGCGCAGCCUUUACAUGGUGGGAAUUGCAGUGGCCCUGCUGGUUCUUCUGGCUUCUGUAGCCCUUCACUAUGUCCUAGCCGAUCGGUAGGCUUCUAUGUCCAAACCACUUUAUACGAAAUGUUUUUAUACAGAUAUAUUAUUUGCAUGUGUGCUCACGCACUCACCUCUCUAUUGUGAUCGUUUGUUUUUAUAAUCCAUUGUGUACUCGUAGUAGUAAAAAAGAAUGUGUAUAGGGAUCACGUUAAAUAGUUUUAUUGUGGAAGCAAAACUGUGCAGCAUUUAACACCAAUAUAAUAAACUAAUAAGUAAUAUA